CGCUCUGAUUGGACAACCGCCUCGUAAUCGGAAUACAAUGUAGGCUGUUGCUGUGAAUAUUUUUUUCUCUUUCCUUUUCCUUUCCCACUUGAACAGUGUGGUUUUUUUGUGUGAACUCGUGGCUCUUUAAACAGUGUGUGAAUUUAGAACAUAAUGCGGAGGGUCACGCUUUUCGUCAACGGCUCCUCCAAAAACGGCAAGGUCGUAGCAGUUUACGGGACUCUGUCCGAUCUCUUAUCCGUUGCCAGCAAUAAACUGGGAAUCAGGGCCAUUAACUUGUUCAAUGGAAAGGGCGGUCUUAUAGAUGACAUCGCCCUGAUUAGAGACGAUGAUGUAUUGUAUGUGUCGGAGGGAGACGCCUUCGUUGAUCCUCAAAGCGAAGGGAGGGCUGCUGAUGAGCGUUCAGGUUCCCACAGCGAUUGGCUGACUUUGAACAUCGGAGGACGACUCUUCACAACCACGCGAAGCACACUUGUGAGUAAGGAGCCUGACAGCAUGCUGGCCCACAUGUUUAGAGGAAAGGGUAAGACAUUCCUUCACACUUCAGUAAGCAUCUGUUACAAAAUGACCAACAUGAGUUCUUUCUCAUAUAAUUGUCCCUGUGCUGUGCUGUGCUUUCCUUCUCUCUUCUGCGCUGUCGUAGACGUGUGGGGUAACAAGCGAGACGUGCGAGGAGCCUACCUCAUCGACCGCAGUCCUGAGUAUUUCGAACCUAUCCUGAACUACCUGAGACACGGCCAGCUUAUUGUCAAUGAAGGAAUUAACUUACUAGGUGUACUGGAAGAAGCUCGUUUCUUUGGAAUCGAGCAGCUCGCUGAACAAAUCGAAGUUGCCAUUAAGAACUCCCAUCCCCCCGAGGACCACUCGCCCAUCUCGCGGAAGGAGUUUGUCCGUUUUUUGCUCGCGACGCCGACCAAGUCAGAACUGCGCUGUCAGGGGCUGAAUUUCAGCGGCGCAGACCUGUCCCGGCUCGACCUGCGGUACAUCAACUUCAAGAUGGCCAACCUGAGCCGCUGCAACCUCACCUGUGCCAACCUGUGCUGCUCAAACCUGGAGAGGGCCGACCUCUCCGGGGCCAACCUGGAUGGGGCAAAUUUACAGGGGGUAAAGAUGCUGUGCUCUAAUGCCGAGGGCGCAUCGCUGAGAGGGUGUAACUUCGAAGACCCUUCAGGACUCAAAGCCAACCUGGAGGGUGCCAACCUGAAGGGCGUGGAUAUGGAGGGCAGUCAGAUGACUGGGAUAAAUUUGCGCGUGGCUACACUGAAGAACGCCAAGCUGAAGAAUUGUAACCUGCGAGGAGCAACUCUAGCGGGUACUGACCUAGAGAACUGCGAUUUAUCCGGCUGUGACCUCCAAGAAGCCAACCUGCGUGGCUCCAACGUAAAAGGAGCCAUCUUCGAAGAGAUGCUGACUCCCCUGCACAUGUCCCAGAGCGUCAGAUAACCGAUCAUGCAGCUCCCGUCUGAGCAGCCUCAUCACAGCUGUUUAAAAUCCCAACCUCGUCGGACCAGUAUGCAAUAACGCCAUUCCACGUCCUCAUCCCACAGCUUUACUCUCUUGCACUAGUGCACAUGCAGGGUGUUUCAUUUGCACUGGUCCAUUGUAGGAUUACCAGUACGCAUACGUGAUCGCCCAUCUCGAUCCGAUUCGUUAUACCAAACCUAGUUUACGUAUGUGUUUGUUUAUAUUAUUACCUAUGAUAGAAUCUGCAGUGUGUUCAGAGCUUAUGCUCUGCUGAAAAUCCUGUUUAUUCUGGACUGGAGGCUUGAAUUAUAGAUGGGGAUCUGAAUCCGGUGACCUUAUGAAUGUAUCCGUUUCUUAUCAUCAUGUGGAAGUCACAGAGAUGAAUGCAACCAAAUAUAUCCUGAGUUUAAAACUCGUGUAUCCCUGAAAGAGGCCUGGGAAAACUCUAUACAUUGUGAAAUUAUUAUUAUUUUUAAUUUCUUUAUCAUUAACAGCCUGAAGGUGUUUUUCUCAGGCCCUAUGAAGUGGUUUCUGCUUUGCUGAUUACUGGAAUUACUAGAUUUCCACUCUGACAUCUGAAGGAGGAGCCAUAAUUUAAACUUGUAUGUCUUAUAUCGUAUAGUUUUUAUAUAUGCAUGCUUAAAACAACAAAUGUAUCGCUACCCAUGUACUGUAUAUAGAAUGUGAUAAGCUUAUUAAACUAUUAAGGUUGGGUAUAAAAAUUACAUAUGCAAUGCAAAUGUAUGCGAUUAGCUCUCUGCGUGCGCUGUUUAAACAGGAAACAGGAUUUUUUGUUUUUUUUCGAGAUUUUUAUUUCAGAUCUACCUCCCAGAAAAUAAAUCAACUGACUUUCGUUCCUACUCCAAUCAUGGAUGUUUUUUCAGAUUCCCAUGAGAAGGCUAAAACCGAUAGAAACGGUGGGGAUGUAGAGCGAAAGUUGGAAGUAUUUUCGUUUGAAAAUGCAUAUCCUUCUCUCCCUUUUUGGCCUUGCAUCCACGCUGAGACAUUCGCAGAAAACAUUUUUGAAAACGCCCUCAGAAGUGGAUCGAUUUGAAACGAUAUUUUCACUUCGCAGUGUGGACCGUUUUCAAAAAAUGCAUUUUUAGUCAUCGCCUCGAAACAUUUCAAAGACCAUUUCAAAGUAAAUAAAAGCAUCUUGGCGUUUUUUGUUCACGUGAAGUACAGGGACGUACGCGUUUUCAGAUGUUUCAGUGUGGAUAAGCAACUUUUGGGAAUUGAGAGUGUGGACUCGGAGCCGUUUUAGGCGAAAACACCGUUUUCAAAUGUAUCCGGAUUCGUGUAGACGUAGCCGCAGUUGUGCCUAUAGGAAACUAAAUUGUGUAGUGAUACAACCAGUAACAAUGUCACACUGGUCUGAAUGAUUUUUAUUUUUUUUAUUUAUUUAAAUAUUUUUUUGCAAACACCAAAAAAAAAGGGGUAAAAGGGUGAUAUACUUCAUCCAGUGCUUCCCUAUGCAUUAGUGUAUCUAUUCAAGCUGUUGUUCCCUCCUUAGCACUUUUGUGUGUCAUUUAUUUGUUGUAACACAACAGCCUUCCUAUUAUAGGUUUCCGCAUUUCCACAAGUAUAAACAGAGAGUAUUGCUGCGUAGGUCAAACACUUGACUAGUUCGGUCAUUUCAGACACGUGCUUAAAGCUAACGAUCUUCAGUAUAUAUAAUGCUGAUGUUUUUAUUCAGUGUAAUCGUAGGUACUCAGUAAAUGAAGGCAAUCAGAAAAAGGUUUUUGUAUUUUGGCACUUUUGAGUGCGAGACAAAAAAAGGACACUGAAUAUUUAUUUAUGUAUGUAAGCAGGCUGUGUUCAUGUAAGGUGCAAGAGAAGAUAAGUCUUCUCCUCUCUGCUCACUGUUAUUCCCAUAAACAGACUGUUAUAAACUAA